GCUAGGUUUCAUUUGACGUAGACGUGACGUCGACGUAAAGCGCGAAAUUUGACUGGCGGUCGGAAGUGAAAAAGAUAAGCGCAAAAUCACAGACAGACAGUACGCAAAAUGCCUAUGUCCUGUUGUGUUUACGGAUGCUCCAGUAGGUCGACCAGAGAAACCGAUAAACGGUAUUUUAGGGUACCAAAAAUAGCCCAACGAAGAGGAGAAAAAUGGAAAAUUCUAACCGAAAAACGUAGGAAAAAAUGGAUUUUAAAUUUACGUUUACAGUCGGGAGGAGCAGAGUCUGCCAAUGCCCGUGUCUGCAGCGACCACUUCGUCAGAGGCUGCCCAAGUGCUUUGGAUGACGAAGAGUCGGAGGACUGGGCUCCGACGGUCAAUCUCGGCUACGAACGAAAACCCAGAUCGGAAUCAGUUCUCAAACGAGAGAAAAGAAUGAAGCUUAAGGCAGAACAGCAUCGAUGUGCAGAGGCGAUUUUGGAUAUGCAACAGACGGCUGAGAGCCUGGAUUUGAGCCUAGUGACAGUGGAGAACCCCGAACUGCAGCUUCCAGCUGAGAAUCCACAACCAGAAGACUUCAGUGUGAAUGAGACAUUCACUUAUCCAGGGAUAAAAUACGUCUAUGUACUUUUUGUGUCCCAGCUGAGUAACAGCAGAAGAGUCUGGUGGAGCAACAGAGGAACAAUUUCAGCCAUUUGGACUCAACUCAGCCACUAUAGAGGAAAUGAUGACUUCAACACAGAAGGACCAACAUGGAGCGAGAAGUCAGCGCUCUCAGGAGGCCAAAAAACCUCACAGAAGAAAGGGAGAGAAAACCUACAGCUGUGAUGAGUGUGGGAAGGACUUUACCCGGGGUGGAGACUUUAAAAGACACCGACUCAUCCACAGUGGAGUUAAACCUUACAGCUGUGAGUUGUGUGGGAAGUGUUUUACCCGAGCUGGAGACUUAAAAAGACACCAACUCUUCCACAGUGGAGUUAAACCUUACCGCUGUGAUGAGUGCGGGAAGGAUUUUACCCAGAUUAGACACUUAAAAACUCACCAACUCAUCCACAGUGAAGUUAAACCGUACAGCUGUGACUCGUGUGGAAAGUCUUUUACCCAUGCUGGACACUUAAAAACUCACCAACUCAUCCACAGUGGAGUUAAACCGUACAGCUGUGACUUGUGUGGAAUGUCUUUUAACUGGGCUGCAAGCCUAAAAACACACAAAGUCAUUCACAGUGGAGUUAAACCUUACAGCUGUGAUGAGUGCGGGAAGAAUUUUACCCAGGCUGGAAACUUAAGAACUCACCAACUCAUCCACAGUGAAGUUAAACCGUACAACUGUGACUUGUGUGGAAAGUCUUUUACCCAGGCUGGAAGCUUAAAAACACACCAACUCAUCCACAGUGGAGUUAAACCAUACAGCUGUGAUGAGUGCGGGAAGAGUUUUACCCAGGCUGGACACUUAAAAUCUCACCAACUCAUCCACAGUGAAGUUAAACCGUACAACUGUGACUUGUGUGGUAAAGCUUUCGCUCAAAAUGAACGCUUACAGAGGCAUCUAGUUACCCACUCGACUUUGUACAGCUGCGACUUUUGUGAAAAAACUUUCAACGACAUACAGUACCGAAAUAUUCACCUACUGAUUCACACUGGAAAUGAUGUUUACUGCUGUGAUCAGUGUGGGAAACCGUUUACAACAGAUGUACAGUUAAAACAACACAUGAUUAUCCACACUAAGGAGAGACCUUAUAAAUGUGACCUGUGUGAGAAGACUUUUAAAUCUCCAUAUCACCUGAAAAGACACCAACAGAUCCACACCACAAAGUAACUCUACAAGUGCAGUUACUGUGAGAAUGUAUUGAUUUGUCUUAUACUGUAAUUUUAACCUGAUUAUUUGGAACAAGUCUGAUCAGUAAACCUAUGGAGUUAUACUGAAUGAACAGUUUGGAAAACUGUCAUGUCAAGCCAUUUUCGCUCGGCAAGCUGAGUGUUAUAAUGUAAACAGUAAAUAGUAAUUGGAUAUUGUCAGAAAUCACUUAUGCUGUCAUUGUUUAGAAGCAGAGCGACGUAGAUGGAUCCAGUUCUCAACCCUGUCGUCACUUUGGUGGUGGGAAAGUUUCUCUGUGACCUUUGUGGAAAAACUUCCAAUCAUCAAUGGGACCUAAAACCACAUCAACAUAGACACACUGGAGACAAAAUGAACUACUGCAAAGAAUGUGGGA